UUGACAGCACAGCAAUCUCAAUUCCUUCAAAAAUAAUAAUAGAAAUAUAAUUGCGCUGUAUGUGAACAUGAAAAUUUCCGUUUUUCGUUAGAAAAAGGUGUUUUUUAUCGACUCUUAUAAAUUUGAGUAUAGUUUUUCGAUAGUAUUCAAAAAUGGCAAAAAGUACAUCACCCAUCAUUUUAGUUAUUCUUCAAUUCUAACUUAGCAAGAUAGCGAAAGCGCGUUAUGCCUAAUAGUGACUCGUCCGGUGGAAUUUACACCCCCAUUCCGCAAACAACGAUAACAGAUUCCGAGAGUGAAGAGGACGUGCACAGCGCAGCGCCUAGAUCGCACCAGCUAUAUUCGGGUGUACGAUUCGGAAAGAACUUAAUUGCAAUGAACGGUGGCAGCGGUGCGGUAGGGAAGGGACGAAUGGUUUUCCUGCCUGCCUCAAACGGGUCCAGCAUUCCAGCGGGACAACCUAGGAGCUUUCUGGUUAGUGGAGAGAACGGAAGUGCCAUUUGUAACAGUUUAUACAAUGGAUUGCCUAGUCCCAGUGAUGUGGAUGAUGCCAACGGAGUAUUUCAUCCAGAUAAUGUUGCGAUCUUGCAAGAAACUGGAUCCAUAGGGGCGAGAAAAAUGUCCUUUCCAAGAAAAUGUUGCUUUGUAGCUUCGCUUGCUGUAUGUUUCUUAUCGUUGGUUGUUUUCCUAUGGGUGAUUCCCUGCUCGGAUGAACUUGCAUGCCCGGCCGGAUCGGAGAGAACCAAGACCCAGAACUGGAUCAAGAACUAUGAGAAAAUAGAACUGAAAGGAGUGAUUAAUGUGGUUGAAGGAGUGCGUGGCAAAAGUAAGAAUUUGAUAUUUAUGUAUCGUGGCGAUAAACUGUUUCCGGAGUUCGAAGAAUCGUACACACGAAGGAAUGGAAUAAUUUCGCUAAUUGGUAGUACCGGGCAGGUGGCUUGGUACGAUCAGAUGAUUAAUGAACCAAAAAGUAUCGAUUGUACGUUGAUUGAUGCGGAUUUGAAUGGUUCUCCGGAUUGCCUAAUUAUGGAUGAGUACGGACAGUUGGAAUGCAUUAAUCCACUGUCAGGGGAAUGGAUCUGGCAUUCACCAAUCUAUGAUCGAAAGAAUAUUUUAAAGCAAAACGAUCUUCUGGAUUUUCCAUUGGUGAUUCCGGAUGUGGAUGGCGAUGGUGUGAAGGAUUUGUUCUUCAUUACUAGCUUUGGUGAAACGAAACACAACAAAUUCGUUAUGAUCUCCGGUCGAAAGGGCGAGCUGAUCGGCGAUUCCUAUAUUGUGAAGGAAUGUAUCUACGUUCAUAAACUGAUGAUAGACGCUGAGUAUAAUGUAAUGUUCAACUGUGUUCGGGAAAAGUCUGAACAGCAAAGAUCUAAGCCAUUGGCAGAAUUGUACAAACUAAUAAAACGAAAGGCGCUAGAUAUGAAGAAAAUAAAAAAGCAGACGGAUCUUCUACAGCAUAAGUUUUAUGGCCAGCGAAAGAACACGGAAAAGCAAAGAACCAUCACGUAUGUUGGCGGCAAACAGUUGGUUAUCGAAAAUCGCGGAAAAUGUCCAGAUAACUGUACGACAUCCGUUUUGCUGACUGAAAGGUCAACCGGUAAGCUGCUGUGGAAUGUAUCAGGAAAGCAGUUAUAUGGAAUGCAACCAGUUCGGCUAACAUUUAACAACUUUGCAACCGACAAUCGAUCCACAAUUUACGGGUUUGUUAUUAAAUUCUGGGAGUGGAGCCAGGAAGAACCAGAUAAUAGUAGCACUCGCAACAAACGCGAUUCAAGUUCAAGCAAUCCGUUCUCAAAACUGCUAGUUAAAAAACAAACGUGGGUACUUCCGGACGAGGACACCGGAACGGCAUCUACUGUUAAGAUCCGUCGUAGCGUAAAUCAAACCCUGCGUCCAGGAAUCUACAAAACCCGCAUGCGUUAUCUCAAAGAAACAGUGAAAUUGAUCGUUUUCAAUUCUACCGAUAUCAAGAUCGAGAAUACCAGCCAAUCCAACGUCAUACAGUUUUGUCGUGAAAGUAUGAAAGAUACGUCGGACGUGAUCUGUCAACCGGAUCUUAACUAUCAGGAAAACUCUUUGUUAAUAGCCGAUCUAGACGAUGAUGGUUCCCAGGAGUUGGUGUCGUACUACUCAACUUUCGUCAAAGCCGAACCGGAAGCAGGCGAACGCUCCGGUAUGAAACUUAAAACAUUUGUUCAAUUAUUACGCCUCGAAUCUGAACUUCCCAAGCUCUAUAAUGCAAUCGAGUCGAUCAGAAACUGAACCGAACUAGCGCCAUUUCCAAGUGGCAGUAAAUUAAGGAUAAUUGUGUGAUCUCAUACCUAGUUAGUUUAGAACGUGUAUUCUGGAACACGGUUUAAUCGUAUACAGUCAUUCCCAUGGAUCUCGAUGUUUGUAGGGAAACACACUUUUGUGAUUACGAAGCUAGUCAGAACCAUCUGAACACCCUUUGGAUAUCGUAGCCAUUAUGUAGAAGUGACGCACGUAGGCAAAGAACAAUCUUAAACAAAUCAUCUCUCUUGUUAAUUAUUUUUACUGCACUUUGCUUAGGUGUAUAACGUAGAAAUAAUACAGACAAAUAUUGUGCUGAUCUAUACUUGCAAUAUAAUGUAGUAUUUAGACUUA